AUGCAUGCGGGUUUGCGGGCUGCUGAGCAUGUAUCUGCAGAACGCGGUGAGUUGGAGGCACGUCCCGAGAACUAUGGCCGAAAGUGCCUGAGGGAGCGCAAUGAGAUGGAGAUGGCGACAGGUCUCGGACAAGCGGAGAGCAUCGAGUGGAUGGAGAAAAGAGGUAACAAGAAGGAGAACAUCGUCGUUGAGGGACAGGCUCAUGCUGUCCCAGCGUCUGUUGCGGUCACCUCGCGGCAGAGGGCGCUGGUUUAG